AUGUUUCAGCUGCCGCUGUCAAAGAGGACGGUGGGGGUUGUGACUAGGAAGGAUGCAAAGAUGGCUGCCGGUUAUACUUUGUUCAACGCUAGCCGAGAGACGUACUUGAUCGACGAGGAUGGACAGCUCGUGCACCAAUGGCGCAGUUGCAGAAAUGUCUUCACCUCGUACCUUCUGCCCUCCGGCAACCUGCUUCGUGAUGGCACGGUUGCCUUGCAUAGUCCAGGGUUCCAGGUUGGUGGUGCUGGUGGCGUGGUAGAGGAAGUGGACUGGGACAACCGCCAGGUUUGGGUCUUCGACUUCUACCCCUACCAGCAGACCUUGGCGCAUCACGACCUGGAGCCGCUGGCCAACGGCCACGUGCUGGUCAUGGUCUGGGAGCGCAAGACCAAGCAGCAGGCCCUAGAUGCGGGACGACGCCCGGAUUUGAUUGCAGACGAAGGCAUUUGGAACGACUUGAUCAUCGAGCUCAAACCUGAGGGCUCAAGUGCCACCAGGGUGUGGCAGUGGUCCAUGUGGGAUCACUUGAUCCAGGACUUUUGCCCUAGCCUCCCACAUUUUGGGGACGUCUCCGCACAUCCAGAGCUGUUUGAUAUCAACAUUUGCCCUGUGGCGGGUAAGGGCGCGCAGCGGAACAAGACCCUUGCGCAAGAGGGCAUGGACAAGAACUGUCUGGGCUUGGCUUUCUGGAAGCAGCCAGGCAAGACUGGAGAGAAGGACUGGCUCCACAUCAACUCCAUCUCCCACGAUCCAGUGCGAGACCAAAUUGCGCUGGGUCUGCACAAUGCUGGUGAGGUCGUCAUCAUAGACCACAGCACCACGACGCAGGAGGCCAGUUCCCAUGAAGGUGGUCAGCGUGGGAAAGGCGGAGACAUAUUGUAUCGCUUUGGCAACCCUGCCAUGUGCCGGCAGGGGACCCUUGCAGACCAGUUCUUGUUUUGCUCGCAUCAUGCAGUCUUUAUUCGCGGAGCACCUGGUGAGGGCAACGUGCUGAUCUUUAAUAAUGGGCGUGCGCCGGAUAGGCUUUUUUCUACAGUGGAGGAAUACGAGUUAGCAGACAGCCACGGAAACUUUAGCCCCUACACAGGCCCACAAGCGCCUGUUUGGAGCUACGGAGAGCCAUGCGGCAAGUAUGGUAGCUUCUACUGCACUCACAUUUCAGGCGCGAGGAGGUUGGUAAAUGGGAACACCUUGGUAAUCAUGGGCCCGCAGGGGAUCCUUUUCGAGAUCACUCCUGAAGGCGAAGAAGUCUGGCGCUACAUAAAUCCUGUGCAGGCAGAUUGUGAGCACUACGUCGCUGCGGUGCGUCAGGGGGACUUCCGGGCAGAGGGCAAGUUCUCCCUUUUUACCGCCAUGAGGUAUGAGAGGUCCUACCCAGGCCUUCUGCAAGACGGCAAGCCCAGGCAGCUCCAAAGUGGGCGGUAUUUGGAGGCAUAG